AUGGUGGAAAGAAAGCAUCUGGAUUUGGUUGGACUGGGUAAUUAGCUUUUUGUGAGCCUAGCAUUCCAUUAAAUCAAAAUGUAAAACUUGCAUUUCGAAUUAUAAGAUUAGGAAUGCAAAUUGAUAUAGGUAUCGGUUCGAUGAAUUAAUCUGAAGAAUUGAAUAUAAAUAACAGUUAUUCUAUUGAUUCACUUUUAUUUAAACUAUAUGAGAAUGAUACUGUUUUACUUGACAUUAGAAUGAAAGAUAAAAAAUUAAUAUUUAAAAACUUAAGAUCAUUAAAAGAACAAGUAAAUAAAUAACAUUAUAAUAUAGCAAAUGUCAAUUGAUACUUCACAAGUUUUAUAUCCUUAUGCUUGUUUUCGUAGUUCAUCUAUUGAAAUAGUUGAUAAUUAUUGA